UUCUACUAUUUCUCCUUCGAACUAUCCACGCCCACCUAUCCCAAAUAGUGGACUAUCCUCCUAUCCACCCAUACCAAACGAGGAAUAGGCGGGAAGAGGAGAAUAAGAAGAGAAAUAAAUAAAAACGUAAUAAAACAAAUGUAAAAAUCAGCGAACUGACAUCCACCUCGCCUUGGGUACCUGUGGGAGGCAGCCAAUCAGAGCCCCAGUAGUGCCUCGACAGUCAUGGAGGGAGGGUGUGCGCGCGUCUCCUCCGCACUACGAAAUCGUAAAACAUCGUUAUAGCGUAGCGUCCAAGCUGAGGUCAGGGAGUGAUAUAACGUAGAAAAAUGCGCUCUUUACGAAUAUGGUCUUGAAAAUGGCGUAGGUGCAACACAAGCCGAGAUAUUUGCGUGUUUUUGAAGGGUAUUUAAAUUUACCUGUGAUUUAAAACACCAAAUUUGUGGAUUUAUGAAGACAAAGCGAGUGAACAAUUUUGAAGUGUUUCGAAAUCAGAGACAAAAUUCAGAACCAACGAAACAUUUUGGAAAUUUUAUAGUUUGUGAACGAAAAUUUUUGAAACAAGACUUUGAACGAAAAUUUUUGAAACAAGACUUUGAACGAAAAUUUUUGAAACAAGACUUUGAACGAAACAUUUUGAAACAAGACUUUGAUCGAAACAUUUUGAAACAAGACUGAACGAAACACUUUAAAACAAAACUUUGAAUGAAAAAUUUUUGAAAGUUUAUAGUUUGUGAACGAAACAUUUUGAAACAAGACUUUGAACGAAAAUUUUUGAAACAAGACUUUGAACGAAAAUUAUUGAAACAAGUCUGAACGAAACAUUUUGAAACAAGUCUGAACGGAACACUUUGAAACAAGUCUGAACGAAUAAUUUUGAAACAAGUCUGAAUGAAACAUUUUGAAACAAGCCUUUGAACUGAACAUUUUGAAACAAGUCUGAACGAAACAUUUUGAAACAAGACUUUGAACGAAACAAGCCUGAACGAAACAUUUUGAAACAAGCCUUUGAACGCAACAUUUUGAAACAAGACUUUGAACGAAACAUUUUGAAACAAGCCUUUGAACGAAACAUUUUGAAACAAGCCUGAACGAAACAUUUUGAAACAAGACUUUGAACUAAACAUUUUGAAACAAGACUUUGAACGAAGCAUUUUGAAGAGUGUAGUGGGUGAACGAAACAUUUUGAAACAAGCCUAUGAACGAAACACCACAAAAACACCGCUUAACACCACAAAAACACAUAAAACACCACAAAACACCAUCAAAACACCGCUUAACACGGCUCAACACCGCUUAACACCGCUUAACAUCACAAAACACCACCAAAACACGGCUUAACACCACAAAACACCAUAAAACACCACCAAACACCGCUUAACACCACAAAACACCGGUUAAUACCACAAAAACACCUAAAACACCACAAAAACACCUAAAACACCACAAAACAUCGCUUAACACUGCUCAACACCGCUCAACACCACAAAAACACUGCUUAACACCACAAAAACACUGCUCAACACCGCUUAACACCACAAAAACACUGCUUAACACCACAAAAACACCUAAAACACCACAAAAACACCAUUCUACACCACCAAACACCACCAAACACCACAAAAACACCAAUUUCAACACCCAAACACCACAAAAACACCACCACUUUUGAAUAUACAAUGCACGCAGGUGAUAGACAACACCACAGCUUAAAACACCGAAGUCACCCCGUUAUCCGGACAGAAUCCGUUAAAAGCGAGAGAUCUGACCGGAAAGUGUCGUUCAACAGCUCGGUGGGCGUAAAACACAUUCCGAAAGGUAAGGGAAAUAAGAAGGAGGGGAAAAAAGUCCUGCAGUACGCCCAGGGAAGGAAAGACGAGUGGGUGGACUGUUCGGCCGUUCAAAGAGAGCCCGUUUCGCUUGAUUCGAACGAGUUAGCGGUCUUAGCGGAAGAUUUAGUCAAGGUUGUGGAAAGCGUCGACUGCGGAGUGAAAAAUAAUUGGAAACGGAAGAACAAGAACGCUUACCACAAUUCCUACCACAAUUCAGCGUCCAACCACAAUUCCGGACACUUUAACCACAAUUCCGGACCUUCCUACCACAAUCCGGACCAAAAUCCUAACUUGUCUGAUCAUAGUUAUAGCAAUAUCGCGUUUAAUAACAAUCGGAAUAGUGGUAGCAACCAAAAUUCGCGCGUUUUAGCGAAAGGGAAGAAAAACAACAUCGACUACAACAAUCUGACUUUGCCCAAGAACAACAACAACAACAACAACUACAAAUAUUUGAAGACCAAAGCGUUCCACCAGUCAAUUGAUCAACUUCCGAAUUCCGAUCUCAAAACAAAUUCGGAUUUCAAGACAAAUUCGGGUUUCAAGAUUACUAAUUACAAGUCAGUCCCGGAUCUCUUGAAGACCAAAACUACCACAACUACCAACAUCGGCGGGGACUCUGACUCGGAUUACGACCACCACAAUCACAGACAAGGCCCAACCAACAUUCCCUACCACAAUUCUACCUACCAGUAUCGAGAGGAGCCAACCACAAUCAGCUACCACAAUCGGAGGAGGUCACCCAGCCCCUACCAACAUCACGUGUCUAGAAACGGAAGCUACCACAAUUCUCAACCACAAUUUGAGUAUCAGGAGGCUAACUACCACAAUUCGCAACCACAAUUCGACUACCGCAACCAGGAGGACGCGAGAAACGGCACCUACCACAAUCAACAACCACAAUCCAGUGACGAGGAGCCCCACCACCACCACCACCACAACCACCACAAUCAACCAGACAUGUCCUACCACAAUUCGACAAAGGUGGAGAGAAUGAUUCGGAGGUUCAACGAAGACCGGGAUGUUGGUAGCAAUGGUGGUAGCAACCAGUACUACCAACAUCAGACCACCUCCUUGCCUAGACGCGUUCAGGAGCCCAGUAACCACAACAAUCAUAAUAACAAUCAGCCGUUUAGCUACACCAGUGCUUCCAAUCGGAUAGUCAGCAUGGAGACUAUCCGUAGGCUAUCCCCGUCUCCAGAUAGUUCACCAUCCUACGCCCAGGUUAACAGGAAGCGAGCAGCUGAUGACUAUUCGGCGAAGAUUAUCAUAACGAACGAAUUUGAAGACGCUGAUGAUGACGAUGAUGACGCUUACGAGAGUUUCCAAGUGUCAAAUCACUAUCACAAAUCGGAACGAGCGGGGAUUCGAGCGAGCGUCAAUAACAUGAACACGGUUUCGAUCGGGAUUCAAACGGAAGCGGACCGGAAGGGGCAAAACCGCUCAUCCAGACCUCGAACGAAGAGCGCUAACGCCGAACCGCAUCAGUUUAGAUCACGACCUAGGAGUUUGAACGCCGAUUCGUACGCGUUUGGAGAUCGCACAAAGCCUGCUAAUCCUGAAUCGCAUUUUUCAGGGAAGAUCCACAACGAUUUGACUUCCGCGACGCUCGUUCGGAAGAUAAAUCACGGUUUUGGGCGCCAUGACAGAUCGCCUUCCCCUCCGCCAGUUCCGAAUUACACGAAGCGUCCAAACAAGCACGUCAUUCCGUUACUCUCCGACGCUUCUGACUCGGAAUAUGAAAAAGCGAGCGUUGAUCCGUUAGCGCGAAUUCGCAACCAGGUGAUGCAACGCGAAAGGCAACAAGAAGAAGAAGAGGAACAGGAGGAGCGAGGUCGGAUUCGAAAUACGACCAAUUCUCUAGACUCCAGUGGCCGUUAUAACGAAAUGACGCCGCUAACGGUGGACGAAGUGGACGCGCUAUCGCUUGUUAUGGAGCCGCAAACGGACGGACACGCGCUGGUGGUCGCGAACGAGGUGCAGGUCUCACGCACAUCCAAAUCCAAAUCACGCAGUACGCACCUCGAGACUCAAACACACCAGGUCCACCACCACCACCACCACCGACACGAGAGGACGCCGCCGAUUCGAGAUACGAGUACGGAAAACGAGGAAAAGCCGGACCGCUAUUCGAACGCCAAGGAAAAUGACCCAAAACAGCAACAAGAACAGCAUCGCGAACAGCAACAGCACCAGGAACAGCAGGACAAGAAGAACAGCAAGAAAGACAAGGCUGGAAAAGAGGCAACCAACUUUGACACUAAGAAAAAGAAACGCAAGAUCAAGAUUAAGUUUUUCUACGAUUCGCGCGCUGAUGAUGACGAUGAUGACCCGUUAGCGCGCUUCGAGGAGUUCAAGGGCGCGGAACACCAGGACAACGAGGAGUCAGCGCGCGAUAGGGACAUCCAAGCGCGCGAUAGAGAGGUUGAGGCGCGCGACAGAGAGAGGGAAAGAGAGAGAGAGGUCGUCAGUUCUCGCGAAGAUUUGAGCGGGAAUCGCGGAAAACCGGAUGGACGCGCUCACCGAAGUUUAAGCGACAAGUAUUCGACUGUUGAGGCGGAGAAGAAGAAGAGGAACUUUCUCUCCACUAAGAAGGAGAAACGUGAGACCACUACUACUACUACUUCUACUACUGCUACUACUCCUGCUACUACUACUACUACUACUACUGCACCGCGGGAGGAGGAGGAGGAGGAGGAGGAGGAGGAGGAGGAAGAAGAAGAAGAAGAAGAAGAAGAAGAAGAAGAAGAAGGAGGAUGAUGGUACUUCAAAAUGGUCGUGGAAGUCGUUAUUGCGAAGAAAACGGGAGAAAACUACUACUACUACUACUACUACUACUGCUACUACUGCUGCCCCGCCACUGCCACUGCCUCCCCCCUCCCCCUCCUCUGUCCGGUCUGCCGCCUCCAGCAGACCGCGGUUACGAGCAGGGAAGAU